AUGAUCGAUGCCCCUGUGGAUGCUUAUGCCACCACCGCUGCAGCCGCCAUGCCCCCACAAUUCUCUUAUUCUCGAGACGGUUCUAGAUCCAAGGCAUGUGCCGCCUGCAGAUUCCAGAAUCAAAAGUGCAAGAAAGACUGCCUGCUCGCGCCAUUUUUUCCCGCAUCAGAAGACAGCAAGUUCCAGAAGGCUCGCCACCUUUUUGGGGUCAGUAAGAUGCAGAAGAUCCUGAAGGGCCUCCUCCCCGAACAACGCGCUGUCGGCAUGGCGACCAUGAUCUACGAGGCGGAGGUGCACGCUGCGCACCCAAACACAAGAUGCCUCGACAUUUGGUAUGAGUCAUCCUAUUCUUAUGGUUAA